CCAAUGAACACGGGUUGUUCCGCAUUCCUGGUUGUUGCAGGAUCACAGCAUACGCUCUGUACACAGCGCUUGCCUCGUAUUAUGGUAUUCGUUAAAAAAAAUCAUCUCUCCACAACGCAUUAUUACUGUUGAAGACACAAGUGGAAGAAUUACUACACCUCCUUACCACAUUUUGGGUUUUUUGCUUGGUAAUUUCGAAAGCUUUAUCUGAAGCAGGAACUACAUCUUUGUCGUCUGGUUCCAAAAAUCGCUCUGUAUAACAUCCAAAAACAAGGAGCAAAAUGGGCGACGCAACGAUGGUAUUUUCCAACGAUACUUCAACUGCAGGUGUUGACGACUCUUCGUCGGCAGUUCCCUGGAUGGACAACUCAACCUUCACGGCAGCGAGUACCGAAGCAGGGCCGAUGAGUAAAUCCCUACAGACCUACCAAGAAAGGGUAGCAAUGGCCGUAUUGUGGCUCCUGAUCGCCCUGAUUGAUAUCAUCGGUAACACCAUGGUCAUCCUCGCCGUGGUGUUCAGCAAGAAGCUCCGCACGUCCACCAACGUCUUCGUGGUCAGUCUCAGCGUGGCCGAUCUGUUGACCGGCCUGGCGCUACCCAUGAGCGCCGUCGGCCUGCUAAGCCCAGGAGACACUUGGCCGUGGUCCACCGAGACACCGUGCUAUCUGGCCGGCAUGCUUCUGUACAUCAGCUCCUGCGCUAGUCUCUACAACCUGGCCUCCAUCGCUCUCAACAGGCUGAUCCUCAUCAAGCGCCCGAUGACCCUCUAUCGUAGUCUCUACACCAGGCGCAACUUGGCCAUCAACGUGGCAGUCUUGUGGUUCGUUGCCAUCGCCACAAUGGUCGUGCCACCUCUCUGUGGCGUCGGCGGCUUCGGCUACGACGAGCAACAUCACAGCUGCAGCGACAUGGACACCCAUCCCAAGGCCAAGACCUUCGAGAAGAUCCAAACCUUCCUCUCCUACCCCAUCCCACUGAUCAUCAUCGUCACCUCUUACACCCUCAUCUACUUACACGUCCGGCGCCACUUCAAGGCCCAGAGGUCCUUGCGUGGUGGCAUCAGCAUCAGCGACACAGGCCCGGUCUCUAGCUCAAGCAGCUUCCAGGUAUCCGACAACGCGGCUGUCUUGAAGACCUCCCAACAGGGUCGAGCCUACCGCCAGCAGCUCCAGAUCACCAAGAAUCUCUUCAUGGCCGUCUGUGCUUUCGUCGUCUGCGUCACUCCGUACGGUGUGGCGCUCUUCAUCCCCAACACCGACCGCUACCUGCUGUUCCUGGGCGUGGUCUUCACCUGCAACAGCUGCGUCAACCCGAUCAUCUACGCGUCCAAGCAUCCACAGUUCAAGAAGGUUUUGCGCCGGAUGCUGCAGUGCAGAUACUCGCAGAUUGAAGAGCCGUCUGACGCGUUGAAAGCCCUGAUGACCUGCUGUUACAAAGCGUAACUGCAUUAUGUAACAUAUCUGAAACAGGCACAAGUCGUUAUGUUAGAAUGCACUUUGCACGAAUUCCCCUUAAUGUACCUUGGAUUCAAACUAACUUUACCAGUCAACUCUUAAUGUAGCUAUAUCAACAUGAGGAUGUACUCAAUGUUUUAAUACAUAGGCCUAUAUACGAUGAUUAAAUCAGCUAUUAAAUCAGGCGUGUGGGCUAGAAUGGGGUACUUUGUACAUGUACCCCGUAAACUGACAGUGACAUGACUCAUUUAAGUAUACCGCCAUCUUGGAAGUAUAUCAUUUAAUUGUUUUCUGAUCACGUGUUAUAAAGCUUUGAGGUCAAAUAUCUGUCACGUGUCUCAUGCCACGCGUUUACAGAUGCUUGCUUCACUUCGUCGGUCACUUAGUGGUGCUGCAAAAUCUAUCCUAUGCGUCACUUCGUGAUGCACCCCAUGACUUAAUUAUAUGCCACGUGACAAACCUAACUAACCGAAGGAUGCGA